AGUGGACCUGAAGGCUGUAGGCUUCAUGCAAUGCAGGAAGCAGAAGAACUACAUGAUGUUUGUGUCUUGGUCAGAUCAGAACAACAUUCUCAUCUAUCGGACAUUCGAAGACUUUAAGAGAUUCCAUAGAGACCUGAAAAGAAAAUUCCCCAUUGAGAGUGGCUCACUCAGGAGGUCCGACCGGACAAUACCCAGGUUUAAAGAUGUGAAUAUGAAGCAGAGGAAGAGUGGGAAUCUGAACAGGUGCCUGGAGAUCCUGAAACUGCUGGAAACUUACUCCCAGGAGCUGCUGAAAAUGGAUGCUAAAAUCUCCCAGGGCGAAGACGUGAUUCAGUUUUUCAAGGCCCAGACCCAAGACCUAGAUCCCUCCUUUCCUGAAAACAGUGUUGUGAUCAUGCCAUCGGAAAUUGGAGGGGAAAAGAAAAACCAGCCACGGCAGCAGCUCUCCUCUAUUACACACCCCCAGGCCUCCCAGAGCUACAGAUGCAUAGAAACCUUUGAAACCAAAGACACCAAGAACAAGACGUUCAAAAUCGCUAAGAAGGAAAUUGUUGAAGUCUUAAUCAAGGACAUGACUGGAUGGUGGCUAGUGGAAAACGCAGACAAGCAGAUAGCCUGGUUCCCAGCCUCGUACCUGGAAGAGAUUGAUGUCCACAAGGACAUCCAGAACCCCUUGACCUCAAACGAGGAGGGCAGCCUGUACUUCGUCGCACGGGCCUACGAGUCCCAGAAGGCAGAUGAGCUCUCGCUGAACAACGGCGUCGUCGUGGAGGUGGUCAGGAAAUCUGACGAUGGCUGGUGGCUCAUCCGAUACAACGGCUGCACCGGCUACAUGCCCUCCAUGUGCCUCCAGCCCUACAAGAAUCCUCACCACAAGCUCCAGACCAUCAUAAACUGCAGGCUCAACAUCUCCACCCCGAACCUCUGCUCCUCUCUGACGGCUCUCCAGCGCCAGGGGGAGGCCAUGGGGCAGCCUGCGGUGCCCACGCGCCCCUCAGCCCACGAGAUCCUCCAGAAGUGCAGCACCAUCACCAAGCGAGCCGUCCAGCAGUCUUCCUCCCGGCCCACCAUCCAGGCUCUGCUCCCUCUUCCGAGUGUGCACUAA